AAGCAUAAACGUCAUGGAGAUUAAAUAUUGCGGUUUGAAUGGGUUACCAUGGGGACACGUUUGUCCUUAAGGUCCUGAGUGUAAUUAUUUUGUGUACCUAGUUUAAAACAGAUUUAUGAAAGCAAACUUCAAUACAAAUACACACCUUUUGCUAAAUUUAUGCUGCUUGCAUUAACACAGACAAAAUGAAAAAGAGAAAAACGUCCAUAAGGACACACAAGGGUUAAACAGGUCUGUCAGAACAGCUCACGGUGUUAGCAUAUAGCAUGUUGUGGGAGUGUUUUAAAGCGUGUAGCCGACAUUCAUCGUUUGUUUUUUUGUAAAAUGUUGAUUAGUUGUUAGUAAUUUGUUAAAGCCUCGUGUGAGAAACUGCAGGGAAAGCUAGUCUCACCUGAGAGCAACUUCCUGUCAUUACACUUUAUACUAUAUAGUACCAAGUGUUUGUUUGUUUGUUUGUUUGUCUGUGUCAGUUGUGUAACCAGUGCUUGGCGUUUUUUUCCACCCCACACAUCCCUAACCCACUUCACAGUGGUACUGUUUCUUUUCUGGAAAAGAAAUAUGAUUAAAAAUGAUUUCCCCACUGCUUUUUCUCACUGGUGGAAAGAAGUUACGAGCUCUUUUUACUCCGAGACUCAUAUGCAGCAGGUCAAAGUUCAGAGAUGCUGCAGCUUGUGUGUUGUACUCUCUGAUUGGAGAUCUGUGUCAGCUUGCUGGAGCUUUUCUCUCUAAUCAGACCUUCUUUCAGCGUGUUAUGGCUUCAAUAAUGGCGAGCUUGGAUGUUGUGCUUUUCAUUUCAGUCACUUUGCCGCUUUGUUGGUGGUACCAUUCCACCACUGGAAGGAGAGUGAGAAUGUUAAGCAGAAGAAGGAGGCAGAACGUCCUGAUGGUCUGUCUACUGUUUGGAACGGGAGGAUGUGUUUACGCUGAUAUACGUGUACGCUACACGCAAGCAGUCUUCCACGGCCCUCCAACCAGCAGGAAGCUGCUGAACGUCGUUGUACAUGAUCAGACUGAACUGCUUGGUUAUGUGCUUGGUCUUCUGUAUUUCGCCAUUAGCUGGACUUCCAGGAUUCCUUUCUUUCUGAAAGCUAACAGAGGAGAGAUGAGUAAUUCGACGCAUGUUUCCUCAAGGAGUUUUAGCGCUUUGGCUGGAGCUCUUUAUGCCUCUGCCAUACUGCUCUAUGACCCGCGGCUGGAGUCUGUUGUCAAAGCGCUGCCGUGGAUUCUCUCAGGAGCGUGCUGUGCAAUUCUGGAUUUCUUUAUUUUGCUCCUCUCAUGUUAUAGAAUCUGCUAUAAGUGCCAGUCCGCUGGGACGCUGGAUUCGGAUACAGAGUCCCUAUUGGGCAGAUUCCACAGAGUUACAUCUGGUCUGUAUCACAGCCCCAAAGACAAAAAUGCCAGAAAGCAUAUCUCGUCCUGGAAGAGUAGCUCAAAAAUGCCCGAGAUGGAACCUUAUAGAAACACUAAAGUUCAGCCUAUUCGAACGGUGUGUCUGAAGGAGGUUACUCUCACUCGGGAGGACUCCGCAGACAGCCAACCUCUGAAGGGAUCUGUGAAGGUGGUCAGGGUCGAUGAGCGUUAUUCUUCAGGCAGUGCUACAGAUUCAUCUUGCCUUAGCUCUGAGCUAGAGUGGGACUUUGAAGAGACCCCACCACAAUGGAGUUCACAGAAUGGAGACGGGCAAAAGACAGACGCGUUCCCUCUGCAGGAAUGGACGGUAGACCAGAGGUCCAAGUCUAACAUGAGAUCCUGCUCUAGUGCUUGUUUCUGUAACAGUGCUGAUCUGGAAGAGAGGAUGGUUUCAGGAUGCCCUGACACUGACUUUCAGAACCUUUCAGCUUCUGUGCAAUGAUCAUGGAUUCACAGUACCGAUUCAACAUUGUGAUGUUUCAGUACAUUCAUAUUUAAUGAGAUAAACUAUAAUAAAGGAGAGCAAUAUUCUGUUUUUUGAACAUUUACAGUCAUGUGUAGUAAGAUAAGAUUUCCAUCUUGCCAAAUAAGACUUGUAAAAAGAGUCAUGAUUUUGUCAGUCAGAUAAGCUAGUCAAUAUAUCUGCCGGCAUGCUUGCUCUUUCGUAAGGGAACCAUUUCAUUACUUGUGUUUGUCACGCAUGCCGUAGCACUGAUUAAUGAGAUCACACUAAAAGCAGAAACAUAAGAAGAUCAAGCCAAAACAGAUAAAUGCAGGGAGGUGUCCAAUAAACUAUCCUAAUAAAAAACAACAUUGCCCUUUCACAGGCCUGAAAGUUCCAUGGGUUGUUUCCUGUAUUUUCAUGGUUGGACAGUUUUAUCUAAGCUGGACUGCAGAAAGGUCCAGAUAAGACCCAGACAGCCAGGGCUGUUAAGCGUUCUCUCUUGUCAUCCGCCUCGGCCAUUCUUGUCCUGUGACUUAGUGGCUUGGUAGUAUUGUGCCCAUGUCAGUCUUGUCUAACAGAUGAGUAGCAAGGAGACUUCCCAAAAAGUCUGAUAGUGGGACAAUGUAGUGAUUAGAGGUUGUUGAACACAUUGUGGAAGUGGAUUGGGGACGUAUCAAAUGACCGAUUAGUUCCAAGGUGCUGUAAUUCAAACACAGCAGAUCUGUAAAUCUCCUUUUUACUUUCCACUAUUGUCUGUUUGUCUGAAUAUUUUUUAUCAUUUGACACAUUCAAGAUAUCUGACGUUUGUUGUUUUUUUUUUUUUGGCUCCUUCCGAUCCCUUUUUGAACUGGCGUUACGGAAGUUCUGUGGGAACCACCUCACUGGCUUUAGAUCGCACUGAUGUACAUAAUAAAGGAGGGCGGAUCUGUCGGCUAUCCGGAACUACUGAACCAAACACUCAUGUUAAAGGUCUGUCUAUAGUUAAGCAAUAUUGCACGAGCAAGAGUGCUGGUGCACAGAAUAUCAGCACGGCUGAUAGAGUCGCAGGCAAUCAUGUCAGUAUCGCUGAUAUUUCUAUAAACAAGACAUUAAUAUUGAAUAACUGAUAUUUCAGACACAGUAUGAGCAAAUAUUUUGUUUUGCUCUGUCAACAAAAAUAGUUCCCAAAGAUGCCAUAGGUGGAUGGAGCAUUGUAUGUUGCCGUGGUAAUGCACAGACUGACUGACAGGCUAUAGUAAGUGUAGUAACGGUUUCAGUGUAAUAUUGCUAGAACUGGAAUUUUAUGUAGUGAAUACAGACAAGUUGAGUGAUACAAACAGUGAAAUGUCCCAGUGCAGUUAUAGUAAUAUCUUUAUCUUUUUCCAAUCAAAUUAGUGGACUGGAGCUAACUGUGGACUGUACAAAUCUAAUGUAGAUUCUUAUACCUUACUGACCACUGCCUGGGCUUUACUUGACAACCUUGUGUUGGGGCCAGAGCAACAGAUGUAUUCAUUUUCCCUUUUGAAACCUUGGGAAAUAAAGCAAUCGUCCAGUCCAUAGAAAUAACUGGAAUUCUGUUGCACAUUAAACUGGGGGCAAGGAUUAGGACAUGUCAGUCUGCAACUGUGAAUGUAGGUUCUUGGUCUUCUUUUGGAAGAAGCCUCCAAACUCAAUUUAAUAAUUGACUUGGCAUUAUUGUUUCCAUUCGACCAGCACUUACCAGCUGGAAAAGAUGGUCUACACGAUAUGGCCAAAAGUAUGUGAACACCUGACUAUCAGACCCAUACAGGUGCAUCUCAAAAAAAUUUGAAUAUCGUGGAAAAGUUUGUUUUUUUUCUGCAAUUUAAUUUUAAAAAGUGAACUUUCUUAUAUUCUAGAUUCAUUACACAUAAAAUUAUAUUUCCAG